AUGUUCGCGCGUGUUACGUUCUAUCCCUCAUUACUUUAUAAUGUUUUAAUGGAAAAGGUGACUAGUAGACGAUGGUACGAUAGAAUGGAUGAUCAUGUUAUCCUUGGAGCCCUUCCUUUCCAGGGAAUGACAAAGCAGUUAAUUGAAGAGGAAAACAUCAAAGGUGUUGUUUCAAUGAAUGAGACAUAUGAAUUGAAGAUUUUUCAAAUGAUGCUGGGGUAUGCAAUAUUUUGUAUUUUUAUAUGUAGCUCAAAAAAGUCAUUGAUAAGUACAACAGCAGUGACUAACAAAACUCCAGAACUAAAAUAUUCAAUACUGAAUGACUAUGUGUAA